AUGCUACUUUUUGUUCCUUUGCGCAGUGCAAUUCUUUCCCUAUCAAACAAACACCAGAACUUGAAGCAAUGGAAGCAGAUUCAAUCCAUCAUCAUCACUUCCGGUCUCUACUCAUUCCAAGACGCAAUUUUCCUCACCAAACUCAUCCAAUGCGCUCCAUUCACUAUAACUCAAACUUCAUCUCUUCGCUUUCUACUCAACACCAUCCACAUUCCCAACACUCGCCUGUUCAACAAGGUCAUCACAUCUUUCUCUAUCAGCUCUCACCCGGAAACAACACUUCUCUGUUAUGCAAAAAUGCGAGAAAAGGGUGUUGAACCGGAUAAACACACGUUCCCUUUGCUUCUCAAGAUGUUUUCAAAGUCUGUUAUUGUUCAAGGCCCUUUUAUGGUUUAUGCUCAAAUUUUUAAACUUGGUUUUGAUCUUGAUCGUUUUGUUGGUAAUGCUUUGAUUUCGGCUUUUGGGUAUUCCGGGUUUAUGAAAAGUGCGUGCCGUGUGUUUGAUGAACGUCCUGAAAAGGAUAUUAUUGCUUGGACUGCAUUGAUUAAUGGGUUUGUUAAAAAUGGUCUUCCUGGUGAGGCUCUUAAGUGUUUUGUGGAGAUGAGAUUGAAUGGUGCUGUGAUUGAUGGUGUUACCGUUGCUAGUAUUCUACGUGCUGCUGCCAUGAUUGGGGAUGAUUAUUUUGGAAAGUGUGUUCAUGGGUUUUAUGUGGCAGCAGGGAGAGUCAGUCUGGAUGGUUCGGUUUAUUGUGCGCUUGUGGAUAUGUACUUGAAGUGUGGUCGAUGUGAAGAUGCCUGCAAAGUGUUUGAUGAGAUGCCUUACAGGGACGUGAUUGCCUGGACAGUGCUGGUGGCUGGAUUUGUACAAUGUAACAAGUAUCAAGAUGCACUCUCUCUCUUCCAGAGCAUGUUGUUAGAUAAUGUUAUGCCGAAUGAAUUUACACUAACUAGUGUUCUUAGUGCUUGUGCUCAUGCAGGGGCAUUGGACCAAGGAAGGUUGGUGCAUCGGUACAUAGACUGUAACAAGGUGAAACUGAAUGUAGUUCUAGGGACGGCAUUGGUAGAUAUGUAUGCAAAAUGCGGGUGCAUCGAUAAAGCAUUAAGGGUGUUUGAAAACUUGCAAGUCAAGAAUGUGCAGACUUGGACGGCAAUGAUUAAUGGGCUUGCCGUGCAUGGGGAUGCCUUAGGAGCAUUGAAUGUCUUUUCACGCAUGUUGGAAGGUGGUAUUCAACCUAAUGAAGUUACCUUUCUUGGUGUUCUUGGUGCGUGUUCUCAUGGAGGCUUUGUAGAGGAGGGCAAACGGUUAUUUGAAUUGAUGAUGCACACUUAUCAUUUGAAGCCAAACAUGGAGCACUAUGGAUGCAUGGUUGAUCUCCUUGGUCGAGCGGGAUAUUUGGAAGAAGCAAAACAAAUUAUUGAUACCAUGCCAAUGAAGCCCAGCCCUGGGGUUUUGGUAGCUUUAUUAGGUGCCUGUGUGAGCCACAAAGAUUUCCUAAUGGGUAAACAUAUAGGAAACGUUUUGGUUAAUCUACAGCCGAACGACAGCUCUGGAUAUGCACUCCUGACAAACUUGUAUUCAAUGUGUCACAACUGGAAAGCAGCGGCGCAGAUCAGGAAGCUCAUGAAAGGAAUGCAGGUGGAAAAGACUCCGGGAUAUAGUUGGAUAGAAGUAGCCGGCUCAGUUCACGAAUUUAAAGCAUUUGAUCAUUCACACAGCGAAUUAUCUGAUGUUCAUUUUAUGUUGGAGAAUUUAAUAUUGCAACUGAAACCGGUCGACCUAGAUCCAUGGAAUGGAGACUCUGACCUUGCAUUUAACUCGGACGUAGGUUGA